UUUCUGAAGAAGGCGGUCAGCGAUACAGCACAUGAGAGCGCAGAGGGCGCGAGCGAGCGAGGGAGCAAGAACGAUGUCCCACGGGAGCACGGCAAAAGCAGCCAGGGACAACCAAUUAACGAACCCGAUGGUUCAAUCACGGCGGGGGAGGGAGAACGAAGAAGUGCUCCCGCCCAUGAGUUGGAAGUGCGGCGAAGAGCAUCCUGUGGAGGCUGUAAGCUCUCCAGAAAGUAGAAGGCAGGUGGCAGGUGGAUGCAAGUUCGCUCUCCAGAAAGUAAAGCGGCCCAGGCUGGUGCCACAACAUGGACGCAUAAAAAACAUGAGGCAAAUCGAGGAUACCACGAGAGCCGACCUGCCCUAGGCAAGCUCAUGCAAUGACAACCCUGAGGUGAAGUGUCAGAUGAUGUGUCCACGUGCCCCAGCGGCUCGCCUUCCAGAGGAACCAGUUGCGAGGCACGAAAUUAUCUACGGUAGAGGCGGGGCGCCCGUGCUGCGGGGUACGAGGGCCCCGAGGCGCGCCCGAGCGGCCCGCCCGCUUGGGGCGCUGUCGCCGCACCUGGAUUGAAUGAAAUGGUCAGUCAGCCUACCUUCUCAGCCGCCUCCUCAAGGCCUGAAGGCGUGGCCAACCCAUUAUAUUCAAGUUCAAACGACAUUCCGUUGGACAGAAAAAGACGGCCUCCCCGCGAGGGAGAACAACGAUCCCCGACCGCCCCUGACCCCUAGAGACGGAGGAGGGCAGGAGAAGGGGGGGACGAACUCUUCCCGACCGCCCGCACCGAGCCUACGAGCCAGCCGCCCGCGCCGCGAGAGCCCGCCCAGCCGUGGGCAGAGCGGGCCCCCGGGGCGAGCCGAGGAGAACGAUCGCGGCGCGGGAGGGCCCCCCGACGUCCGCCCUCCGGGCAGGCACGACGGCACCGCGGGUGCGCUGCCGUGUCCCCUCGCAGCUUUCGAGCAAGACCUCCCC